AUGGCGUCCAGACCAAUGUUUUCUUCAAUAUCGUUUGCUUCACUGCUGAUUGCUGCCCAUGCCCUUCCUCUGUUCCCAAACGCGAUCGAGCGAAGGCAUCCUGCCUCGUAUUCAGUUGUUGCAGUUGACGGUGGUAGCACGGGAGGAGAUGGCGCGGCAGCAACCACAGUCACCGACGCUGUCACGCACACCCAGACGGUCAUGGCAACACAGCUGUCGACCAUUGUGGUCACCGAAUCCGAAACACCAUCCACCAUCAUCUUGACCGUGACCGCCCCUUCUCCGACCACUGUCACCGAAUACCCUCCACCAUCCGUCGAGGUUGUGUCCGUCACGGCUACACUCACCGAAGAAGUACCAGUGCCCGUCACAACCACCUCGACAGAAUCGAGGAGUUCAAGCACGACUUCAUCAACCUCAACCACGUCGAGUACACCUAGCACUACGACCGAAUCUUCUCCAGAAGCGACCGUCACCGUAACCGAGUCCACUUCGCAGGCUUCGGUCAAAACAUAUGAUGAUGGAAUGUGGCAUACCUGGUACUUUUAUACUGAGACGUCUGCUAGCAUUCUAAGCCAACCAAGCUCAACUCAGUGGGCUCCAGCGAGCACAUGGACCACGUCUACACCAACACCAUCGACUACCUGGGGUGGUACUCCUGAUAUCUGGUGGACUCCUGAGCCUUCCGUAGAGGCAACCUGGGCUUCUACUUCCACGGAAAGCAUCUUGACCCCUUCUUCGACGUCCGAGACGACGUCAGUCAGCUACACUUCUACAACAGAGAGCGCACCGACCACUACCUCCUCGGCGACUUCUGAGUGGACUUGGACUCCUUCUCCAACCACCACCACCACCACAGAGAGCGCGUAUUUUGCUGGGUUUACAUCUUCUACUACCGAUGGCGUCUUUACUCCUGCAACGACGCAACAAUCUAGCACGACGGUGGCUCCUCUACCUACCAUCUCAUCCACUUCCGAGUCCACUUCUGCUUCCGAAACGUUAGAUCCGCUGUCAGCGGCUCUCUCAUCAUUCAGCUCACUGGCACCAACGGGGACGAUGGGCGUCUUUGGAUCCCCGACGGGUGUUUAA